AUGAACAAGAGAAAGCGCGAAAGCCAAGACACUGCCAGCGCCCGAGCAGCACCCGCAACAAACCAAAUGGGCAAUGAAUUCGAGCAUCACUACCUCCAGACAGCGGAUGACGGAGGCAUAGACUUUGCCGCCGCGUUCGGGCAGAGCAACGAUAAUACAGACGGGCAGACGUCCGACCAGUUACACACGCAAGGCGGCGACGACUCGAAUGAGAAUGAUACUGCCGCAGCUGCCAUUGCAUUCCACCAGAUGACUGUGCCGCAAGCUACGGAGGAGGCCUUUGCGAAUCUCCCGACGGACUACGAUGUGGUCAAGGCCGGCUCCGCCAACCAGGACAGUGCCGCUGCGGCCCAAGACACCUCGACCUUGACCGAGAACAUUCAGUCGUCGCCAGACAAGGAAGACUCGAAGCAGAAUGGCCCAGCCGUCGGAUCGGACGAAUGGCACAAGAGGCGGAAGGAUAAUCACAAAGAAGUCGAACGCCGCCGCCGCGAAACAAUCAACGAAGGCAUCUCCGAGCUCUCCGCCAUCGUGCCCGGGUGCGAGAAGAACAAAGGCAGCGUGCUCGCGCGCGCCGUGCAAUUCAUCAAGCAGCUCAAGGAGAACGAAACGCAGAAUAUCGAAAAGUGGACGCUGGAGAAGCUGUUGACGGAACAGGCGAUUGCCGAGCUCAGCGGCAGCUGCGACAAGCUCAAGACCGAGUGCCAGCGCGCGUGGAAGGAGUGCGAGCAGUGGAAGCAGGCGGCGCAGAAGGCGGGUGUCUCUAUCCCUAAUGCCGAUGGGGGCGAGGGUGGUGAUGAGGCGGAGUGA